GAGCGGUUGGUUGGUUGAUGGGGGAAACAACAACAAGCUAGGCAUCAUGAGGGUCCCCGAAACACUGAUUUGGGCCGCUUUUCUCGUCCAGAAGGUGGUGGGAGAGUACGGCAUGGCCCAUUUCAGUGACAAGGGCAAGAGCAAAGGAAAGGAUUACUGCAUAUUCUUCAACUCACAGUGGGCUCGUCUACCUCAGGACCUCAACAAGGCAUCACGUCUUCAGAUCUAUGACCUGACAACAUCGGUCCUGUGCUCGCCCUCUGACGUCCCGGAGGGUGGCUUCCCAAAUCGCAUCCCCAUGGUGAUGAGAGGCAACUGCACUUUCUAUGAAAAGGUCCGACUGGCCCAGAUUAACGGUGCCAAGGGCCUGCUCAUCGUCAGCAAGGACAGACUGACACCACCAGCAGGGAACAAGACUCAGUAUGAGGAGAUUGACAUUCCUGUAGCGCUGCUCAGCUACUCUGAUAUGCUGGACAUAAGCAAGACUUUUGGUAAAGGAAGACAGGUCGCCAUGUACGCACCCAAUGAGCCGGUGUUGGACUACAACAUGGUGAUCAUCUUUUUGAUGGCUGUAGGGACAGUUGCAAUCGGAGGCUACUGGGCCGGCAGCAGAGACAGCAAGAAACGCUACAUGAAGCACAAACGGGACGACGGUGCGGAGAAGCAGGACGAGGAGACCGUAGACGUCACCCCCAUCAUGAUCUGUGUGUUCGUGGUUAUGUGCUGCAGCAUGCUGGUGCUACUCUACUUUUUCUAUGAUCGCCUGGCCAUUUGGGUCAUCGCCAUCUUCUGUGUGGCGUCCGCUGUCGGCCUCCACAGCUGUCUGUGGCCUUUUGUCAGGAGACUUCCUUUCUGCAAGUGCAGGGUCCCAGAGAACAACUUGCCGUACUUGCACAAACGGCCACAGAUCCGCAUGCUGCUGCUGUCGGCCGUCUGCAUCGGUGUCAGCAUCACGUGGAUGGUGUUUCGCAAUGAAGACCAGUGGGCGUGGGUGUUGCAGGACGCCCUGGGGAUCGCCUUCUGUCUCUACAUGCUUAAAACAGUCAGACUCCCCACAUUUAAGGCUUGCACCUUAUUACUGUCGGUCCUUUUUGUCUACGAUGUUUUCUUUGUAUUUAUUACACCCUUCUUCACAAAGAGUGGGGAAAGUAUAAUGGUGGAGGUAGCGGCUGGUCCCUCUGACUCCUCCACGCAUGAAAAGCUUCCCAUGGUGCUCAAAGUGCCCAGGUUAAACUCCUCUCCUCUGGCUCUCUGUGACCGGCCCUUCUCCCUCCUGGGCUUUGGCGAUAUCCUAGUACCGGGUCUGCUGGUGGCGUACUGUCACAGAUUUGACAUUUUAACACAAUCUUCUAGGAUCUACUUUGUGGCCUGCACAAUCGCUUACGGUAUCGGCCUGCUGAUCACCUUCGUGGCUCUGGCCUUGAUGCAGAUGGGUCAGCCGGCCUUGCUCUACCUGGUGCCUUGCACUCUGCUCACCAGCCUCACUGUAGCGCUGUGGCGCAGGGAGUUGCCCCAGUUCUGGACUGGAAGUGGAUUUGUGCCUCCCAUAGUGCUCGCGCCGAUCAACUGUACACAAACUGCAGCGCCACAGACAGAGGAUCACUCGACUAAACCGGAGCCACAAACCACAGAGGAGGACUCACCCAAUCACCCGCCUCAAGAAACGCCCCCCGCUGAGCGAGACGAGGAGGAAAAUAAAUCUAACUGAAAGGACGUUCCAGUACGGCAUUUUACAUUUCACUCCAUGUUUUAUUUGUUAUUUUUUUGUUUUUUUAAAUUUUGUCUCAGUCAGUGGACAUUUUUAAGUAUGGAUGUUAUAAUUUGCACUUGGUGCAAAAGGAAGAGGAGAUCUGUGCUUUCUGAACGGCUGGCUCAGCGGGGCGCCAGGAUCGGACACACGAGGUCGAGGCAUUGAAACAGACAAACAAACGGAGUACAAAAACCUGCACCGCAGCCCUAACACCUUCUUCUGUUAACAGUCUGUACCGCCUAAAGGGAAAGAAAAGCCAAAUCUGGAAGCUGUUGAACACUAAAUACUCUGACACCGAGCAGAGGCUCUUACCUCUUUAAAGGCCCGGUCACACCAGCGUUCAAAACAGCAAAAAUUCACAACGAAAUCAGUCAUUUCAGUGGAAUCACUGCAGUUAGUGGAUUUGUUCACAGGGACGAGGUAAAUCCCCUAUUUUUUCCAAGUUUAUUGAGCCAUCGUAACGUAUUAGCAGUGUUGCUCCAUCCACUUUAAUAAAUUAUUAAAUGCUCCACAAAAGAGGAGUUGUUUUAGGCAGUUAUGAAGAGCUGCAGCUAUUUGACAGCUGACAGAAAACUAACCAGCAUCCAUUUUGAUAAUCAAAUAAUUGUCAUUUUUUAAGCCUAAGAUUUGCAGGUUUCAGCUUCUUCAUUGUUUUGGUCUCAUACAUGAAAAUUAACUAAAUAUUUUUGGGGUUUUCAACUGUUGAUCAAAUAAAAUAAGACGUCAUCUCAGGCUCUAAGAAAAUACGAAAGGCGUUUUAGAAUUUCUGACUUAUUAAAGACAGAAUUAAUUCAUUAAUCAAGAACUGACUGAAUUAAUAACAGAAGUAAUUAUUAGUUGUAACCCAAUUUUGAACACACCGGCUAUUUUCUGAUGACGAUAAAGCCUCCCUGGGGUGAGGGCCAAUAUUUUGGGCUACCUUCUCUCCCAUGGGCCAGAAUUUCAGGUUAAUCUCGAUGAACAUUGAUCUGCAUGUAACAAAAAUAAACAAAAGAUUGCACUAAUAUAAAGCUAACUUGUGAUCAGGCCUUAGUUUAAUGUGUUCUGCCCCUCUGAAUGGACUAUUUAUCUGCCGCUCAAAUAUAAACGAUCGAUAUCGGAUAUCUGACCUCAACAUAUAUAUGCAGAGUAGUCACCAAUCCUCCACGGACAAAUUCUUCACUGUGCCACUUUCUGGUGUGACGGGGCCUUAAGGAUCUCCGUAUUUUCUCAAAAGCACACUACAUAACAAGCCAUUGUAGCUGUCUUUAUCCCUCCAUUACAAUAUAAACUGUCACAAUAUAAACUACAGCAGUGACGGCAGAAGACUCACUUUUUAAAAUGUGGUGUUACAGAUGUUGACUGAGCCAAAGCUAUCAGAGUUUUGUUGUUUGUUUUUUUUUAAACUGAAGGAUUUGUCGUUUUCUCAUCUUACUUUUGGUAUAUUUUGUUUUGCAUGAUUUUGUUUUUACCCUUUAUACGCAGCCAGGGUUUAAUCUAUAGUGCAGACUGUAUACAUGACUGCGACAGUUAAAACGUCGGCAGACACAGUUUUGUUCCCCUCCAGUAGUUAAUCUUGUGUCUUAAAAGUUGGUUUUGGCCUUAUUGUGUCCAUGUUGGGAGGUGAAGUAGAAUGUGGUCGUCGCUUUAUGAAAAACACGAACUCUUAAUGCUGGUGUGCUGCAGUUUAACGUACGAGCUGAGGAGCGAGUGACGGGUUGUGUUAGUGUUCGUAGAUUAGUUCGUACGAAGCAUUUGCACAAUAUUUUUUAAUUAAUGGGCUGACAAAAGCCGUUGGCUCAUGUAUUUAUAUGUUUAUGUAUACUCAGAAAGGGUUAAAGAAAUCAUGGUUUCUAUAUAUCCAAUAUUCAUCCUGCUUUUGUUUUUAAAAGUCCAUUUGUGACUCGAAGGUUUCAUGAUAAACACCAGAGGUCGACUGCCGCUCUGUACGCCAGUCAAGAUACUGUAUCUUUCCGAUUCAUUUAUGAUGCCUAAAAAUCGAGUUCAACAUUCCCGUGUAGAAGCUGAGGUCAAAAAAAAGGUAAAAUUGAUUUGGUCGGAGGUGAAAUGAGAGCAGCUUCGUUGUCUGGUUGUGUGCCCGCGCUGACUCGACAGGACGGGAGAUUAUUCAUUCACCAGUAACAGUUUGUUGUCACCAAGUGGUUUUUAAAGCCUCUGAUGAGGAAAACGUAUAAUAAAGAAACAUUGUAUUUGA